UUUAAAGUUGCGCACUGAUCAUAUUAUUACUAUGAUUUUUAAAUAUUGUUAAAUGUGUUUAUAGUAUACUUGAAGAUAUUUGAUUUACAUUUUUAAAUCGGAAAAAAUAAAAAGCGUUUUUAUUAAAAUAUGUCCUCGGAAUUUUGGUGAAUGUGUUGAGACAAUGGUGUAUCGAUUAUUUUGCGCUAACGAAAUGUCAUCCCAGUGCCGUAGUGUUAAUAUUAGAAGUCUAUGUUUGUGAUCGUGAUAACUUGCCUAGGCAUCAGUGUAUUUUAAUUUCGGGUUUGCAGUCUUGUUCAUAUCUGUGACUAAAUUAAUGAUAGUGUCGGCAACGCAUAAUUUUAUUGAUUAUGAUUACAGAAUCCGGCGAAUUCAUAAAAAAUUUAUUAAGAUCAUAUUUCAUCGUUAUGUGAAUUGAGAAAUAGUUACCAGUGAAACGAGAAGUGUGUGCUCAAGAUUAUUAUAAGUGAUUAUUUAAAGCAGGUAAAGUAUUUUAGCAAAAAUGGCCAAUCCAAAUCGCGAAAACGUUAGCACUCGUUUUUCCGACAAUUAUGAACUGAAAGAGGAAUUAGGCAAAGGUGCUUUUUCUAUUGUACGUCGAGCUGUGCAAAAAUCAACAGGGCAUGAAUUUGCUGCCAAAAUUAUCAAUACUAAAAAGCUUUCCGCGAGAGAUUUCCAGAAAUUGGAAAGAGAAGCACGAAUUUGUCGAAAACUCCAACAUCCUAACAUCGUUAGGCUUCAUGACUCCAUUCAAGAGGAACAUUUUCAUUACCUCGUAUUUGAUCUUGUAACCGGAGGAGAAUUGUUUGAAGAUAUUGUAGCACGUGAAUUCUAUUCAGAAGCUGAUGCUUCUCACUGCAUUCAGCAGAUAUUAGAAUCCGUACAUCAUUGCCACCACAACGGCGUUGUGCACCGGGAUUUAAAACCUGAAAACCUGUUAUUGGCCAGUAAGGCAAAAGGUGCUGCGGUAAAAUUAGCUGAUUUUGGAUUAGCUAUAGAAGUACAAGGCGAUCAGCAAGCAUGGUUCGGCUUUGCAGGUACUCCAGGAUAUCUAUCUCCAGAAGUUCUUAAAAAAGAACCAUACGGCAAACCAGUAGAUAUAUGGGCCUGUGGAGUUAUUUUGUAUAUUUUGCUUGUUGGAUAUCCUCCAUUUUGGGACGAAGAUCAACACCGAUUAUAUGGACAAAUCAAAGCUGGUGCUUAUGAUUAUCCGUCACCAGAAUGGGAUACAGUGACACCCGAAGCUAAAAGUCUUAUCAACCAAAUGUUGACUGUUAACCCAAGCAAGAGAAUUACUGCUUCGGAAGCCUUAAAGCACCCAUGGAUUUGCCACCGCGAGCGUGUUGCAUCAGUUAUGCACAGGCAAGAAACUGUUGACUGCUUGAAGAAGUUCAAUGCUCGUCGCAAACUUAAGGGGGCAAUAUUAACAACUAUGCUUGCAACUCGUAAUUUCUCCGGAAAAUCUAUGGUGAACAAGAAGGGAGAUGGAUCACAAGUCAAAGAAUCAACUGAUAGCAGCACUACCCUAGAAGACGAUGAUCUGGACAAAGACAAAAAAGGUGUUGAUAGGGCAUGCACUGUUAUAUCCAAAGAACAAGAUGAAGACGGUCUGACUAAAGCAGAUUCAUUUGGAAAAGCUCGUGGUGAUAGCAAUGCUUCAAUGCGCCGUGCGGAAGUAAUCAAAGCUACAGAAAUACUUUUAGAUGCUAUAAAUAACGGUGACUACGAUACAUACUCCAAACUCUGUGAUCCACAUGUAACUUCGUUUGAUCCAGAUUCACUUGGUAACUUAAUAGAGGGUGUUGAAUUCCAUAAAUUCUUUAUUGAUAACACUCCAACAAAUAUUAAAACUAACACUACCAUCCUUAACCCGAGAGUACAUCUUCUGGGAGAAGAUGUCGCCAUUAUUGCGUAUAUAUGUGUUACACAGAGCGUGGAUUCCGAAGGUAGACGUGCUACUUACCAACAUCAGGAAACUCGUAUUUGGCACAAACGCUACAACAAAUGGACUGCCGUUCAUUUCCAUCGCUCCUAACUAGUCCCCUCCAAAAAUCACUCCAUCCUGCCAGAGGAAGAUAAUGGUAAAAAAAAGUUAGCUAUAUGCAAUGGAGAUGUUAUUCCUACCAUCGUUACUUUUCAUGAGUAAAUCUCAAAAUUGUGUCAUUAAAACCUUGUGGCGGAGUGAUAUAGUCGUUUGAAAAAUAUCCAUUCUGCUAUAAAAUUACACGAAUUUUAUUAGAAUUCUUAUUAAUCUCAAGGAAUUAAGUUAAUUACAUAUUAUAGAUAAUUAAUGUCUUAAAUCAAUGUAAGCAGUUCAGAUGCUAUUUCCUACUUUAUAAUCAAAUUAAAAUGUUAUGAUGUGGCUAUAAUGUGACACUGAUCAAAUAUCCAAUGCUUAAUGCUAGAUUUUAGUGAGUGUUAUAAAGUUGUGAUCUCAGCCACAAUCGAAAAUGUCAACGAAUAAAGAAAUAAUGGUAAAAGUAAGAUCCUAUAAAAAAUCUCAAAAGGAAUACCAGAUCUGAUAAAUGUAAACCAUAAGUACCCACCCAAACAAAUCAGACAUUUAAAAGGUUUAGAAUUAUUAGCACAUUUCUCUAUAAGUCUCUCUACAUUUUUAACUAUGAAUGUUUUGUCGUGCUUAAAAAUGGUGUUCUAUUUGUUAUUGAAUACCUAGUUAGUAAUAUUUAAGUACCUAAUAUAAAAUGCAGUUAUUGGCACUACCAAUCAGCACUGAUGUACCUAACUUGUGGUAGUUAUAUAUGUACUAUAUUUUAAAUAUUAAUGUACAAUUAUAUAACUUUCUUUCAAAAAUCUAGUAUGUAAAAGCUGGUGUGCAUUCACGGUCAUUAUCUUUUUAAGUGAUUAUAUCAAUUUGUCAAUUUUAGAUUUAAAUACCGCUUUGCUUGAAAUUCUGUACAAUUUGUCAUUUUAUAUUGAUGUUAUUAAUGAUUAUAAUCAUCUUUCAUUGCAACCUUUUUAUGAUUGUUUAUUUUAUUAAAAUUAAACACCUAGCUUAUAGGUACCUAGUAUAAAAAUUCAAAGUGACAACUGUGCAUGAUACCAGACUGUAUAAGGGACUUACAAUUUAUGAAAUGGAGCUUGGAACGUGAUAUUAAUGUGUAUGUUUUGUGAUUGAAAAUGCACAGUUUCACUUAUGGAAUAUGCUAUAAACCAUAAGUCUGCAAACUCACUUAUUCCUAGAAAACUAAAUUAGAUAUAAAUAAUAUUUAAACACAUUUCUACGGUUUUGUAAAAUAAUUUAGUAUAGUUAGUGAAACCUUCUUUAUUAAUGACUUUGACAAAAAAAAUUGGAAUUGUAACUAUAGUGCUACUUGCAUCCUAGAUAAACUUAUGGUGAUAAUUUAAUUGUAUUCAGAGUAUAGUUGUGCCAUUACCAUUGAAUUUAGUGCCAAUAACUGUAAACUAAAAUGUAUUCUAGUCUUUACUGUUACGCAUAUUUAGUAUUUAAUCAAUGUUUUGAAUUAAUUUUAAAAUAUACAAACAUAUUUACUUAAAUAUAUAUGUAAAUAGAAUUUAAUUUGCACAUUAGCCUGUUUGAGAGUGUUAUCAUUUUAUUAGCUUUCUCAAUAAUUGUUUCUUUUUUGUUAUCUCAUAUUAGUUGUUAUAAGUUUAACUUUUUAUCAUGUUUUCAUGAACAUUUAUGAUCUACUUUACAUAUGCUUUGAGUGCUAACUUAUUAUAAAUUAUUGUCUUUUUUGAAGCACAGCUAAUUUAUUUAUUUUUUGCAUCACAAUUUUUUUAGCAUUAUUUAAGUAAUAGAAGUAAAAAUUAUAAAAAUUCUAAACAAAAAUCUCAAAAAUAUAGGUAACUACUUGUUACUAGUAUUACUUAUUCCUGUUUAUUAAAAUUACCUGAGUCACUAA